UGUAGGUGGAGCCUUAAGUAGGCAUGGGUGUGUAGGUACCUUAGGGAAGUUCCUUGGAAGACUAGAAAAUAAUGUCCUUGGAAAAACCGAGAUGAUCUACAAAAUGGGAGAUAAUUUGGAUGAAUUUAUCAAAGAGCAAAAAGCCAAACUGGCCAAAGACAAAGCAGAAUUGGAAAGUGAUCCACCUUACAUGGAAAUGAAGGGAGAAGCAUCAGGGAAGCUUUCUGAAAAUAGUAAAAUACUAAUUUCCAUGGCUAAGGAAAACAUACCACCAAACAGUCAACAGACCAAGGGUUCUUUAGGAAUUGAUUAUGGAUUGAGUUUACCACUUGGGGAAGACUAUGAGAGGAAGAAACAUAAAUUAAAAGAGGAAUUACGGCAAGAUUAUAGACGUUAUCUUACUCAGGGCAUUACACAAGCAAAAAGAAAGAAAAAUUUUCUAUCCACGGGUGAAAUUGACCCAUCUACUCUGGGAGUUUCUCUUCCUAUUGGUGAGAGGUUAUCUGCCAAGGAAAGGUUAAAACUUGAACGCAACAAAGAAUACAAUCAGUUUCUCAAGGGUAAGGAAGAAUCCACUGAAAAAGUCAGGCAGGUAGAAAAGAGUACUGAGCCUAGGAGUCAAAGAAAUAAGAAUCCUGUUAGUCAAGCUAAACCUGACUUAUCUUCACAAAUACAAACAUCUUGCGCAAAGUCAGAGGGCCAUAGGAGAGAUGUUCUAACUCCUUCAGAGGCAUAUGAAGAGCUUUUAAACCAAAGACGGCUAGAGGAGGACAGAUACCGACAACUAGAUGAUGAAAUUGAAUUAAGGAACAGAAGAAUUGCUAAUAAAACGAAUGAAGAAGUAGGACUAUCCAAUACAAAACACCAAAGGUUUGCCAACAAGGCUGGUGUUCCAGAAAGAAGAUUUCGCAGGUUUGAUGAGGAUCCUGUUUUUGACAGACAGCAUUGUAGAACAGACCAAGAUCCUGAAGUAAGUGAAGAAAUGGACGAGAGGUUUAGAUAUGAAAGUGAUUUUGAUAGAAGACUUUUGAGAGUAUAUACAAAUGACAGGAUGCAUGGAAACAGACGAGGGUACGUGCCUCCUAUGGAGAAUGAUGGUGAUGUCACAGAACAGUCAAACAUACGAAUUUCAUCUGCUGCAAAUAAAAGUGUUCGAGGCAAUGAGGCAUCCAAAUCUACUAAUCGAGAUACCUGUAGUCCUUUUGCAGGGAUGAUCUUUGGAGGUGAAGAUCGAGAACUUAUUCAGAAAAGGAAAGAGAAAUACAGACUAGAGCUAUUGGAACAAAUGGCUGAGCAGCAGAAAAACAAGAGACGAGAAAAAGACUUGGAACUCACAGUUGCCGCUUCUGGAGUACAAGACCCUGAGAAAUCGCCUGAUAGACUAAAGCAGUUUAGUAUGGCACCAAGACACUGUGAAGAGAUGAUACCACCUGAAAGACCCAGAGUAGCUUUCCAGACACCUCUCCCUCCUUUAUCUGCCCCAUCUGUCCCACCCAUCCCAUCAGUUCACUCCGCCCCUUCUCAAAAUGAAGAUUUGCACAGUGGACUCAACAGCACGCUUGGUGAAAUGGUGCUUCCCAGGGUUGCACCUCUGCCUCCACCUCCCCUACUACCACCUUUGGCUACUAACUAUCGAACUCCUUAUGAUGAUGCAUACUACUUUUAUGGUACCAGAAACACUUUGGAUCCCAGUCUUGCUUAUUAUGGUUCAGGAAUGAUGGGAGUACAGCCUGCAGCUUAUGUUAGUGCCCCUCUCAGCCACCAUCCAGCACAACCUAGUGUGAAUGCAGUUGGACAGAGUGAACUGAAAAGUACCAGUGAUCGAGUGAUGAAUCCAGGACUGAUUUUUGAAGACAAACCAAAACCUUCCAAACAGUCCCUUCAGUCUUAUCAAGAGGCUUUGCAGCAGCAGAUUCGGGAAAGAGAAGAAAGAAGGAAGAGAGAACGUGAAGAAAAAGAAGAAUAUGAAGCUAAAUUGGAAACUGAAAUGAGAAUUUACAACCCUUGGGGGAAAGGUGGAGGUGGCGCUCCUCUCAGGGAUGCAAAAGGAAACCUGAUAACUGAUUUGAAUAGGAUGCACAGACAAAACAUAGAUGCCUACCAUAACCCAGAUGCAAGAACAUAUGAAGAUAAAAGGGCUGUUGUAGCUCUAGACCAAAAUUUAGCCACUUCAAAUGCUGAGAACCUAGAAGACUCUGCAAAUAAAAAUUCAGGUCAUAUACAAACACAGAGUUCUCCUUUUGCUCGGGGAAAUAUAUUCAGUGAGCCUCCAACUGAACUUCAGAUAAAACAACAAGAAUUAUACAAGAAUUUUCUUCGUUUUCAGAUUGAGGAAAAGAAACAAAGAGAGGAAGCAGAGCGAGAGAGACUGAGAAUUGCAGAAGAAAAAGAAGAAAAACGGCUUGCAGAACAGAGAGCACGAAUUCAGCAAGAGUAUGAAGAGGAACAGGAGAAAAAGAGGGAGAAGGAAGAGGAGCAAAGGCUAAAAAAUGAAGAGCUCAUUAGAUUAGCUGAGGAAAGACGAAAAGAAGCAGAAAGAAAGAAGAAAGAAGAGGAAGAAAAACAUAACUUGCAACUUCAGCACUACUAUGAAAGAGAAAAUAUGAUUGGGGAUGAGACAAAGCGUUUAAGACAGCCUUCUCCUGUAGUUCCUGCUCUUCAGAACAAAAUUGCAAGCAAACUCCAAAGACCUCCAUCAGUUGACAGCAUCAUAAGUUCCUUUAUUAAUGAAAGUUUGAUGUCCAGAGCUCAAUCUCCUCCAGUACCUGCAAGGAAAAAUCAGCUUCGUGCAGAAGAAGAGAAAAAAAAUGUAAUUAUGGAAUUAUCAGAAAUGAGAAAACAGCUUCGAAGUGAAGAGAGGCGUUUACAAGGGCGGUUGCUACACAUGGACAGUGAUGAGGAAAUUCAUAUAAAGAAAAGAGAAAGAAAUCCUUUGGAUAUAUUUGACAUGGCCAGACAUCGGGUACAAGCCCCUGUCAGAAGACAGUCACCUAAGGGCUUAGAUGCUACCACUUUUCAGAAUAUUCAUGAUUUUAAUGAGCUGAAAGGUAGAGAUUCAGAAACACGAGUUGAUCUGAAGUUUAUGUACCCUGAUUCUCCAAGAGAUCAUCACAUAGAGAUCCAGCAGCAGGCCCUGCUAAGAGAGCAGCAGAAGAGACUGAAUAGAAUAAAAAUGCAGGAAGGUACUGAAGUUUACUUAGACGCCAUCCCAAGUGCUAAAAUACGAGAGUACAGAAAGCCCAGAGAUGACACUAAUGAUUUCUUCAAAAAUUCAUUAUUGGAAUCUGAUAGUGCUUUUAUUGGUGCUUAUGGUGAGACGUAUCCUGCCAUUGAAGAUGAUGUCCUCCCUCUGUCAUCACAGCUGCCCUCUGCAAGGGAGCGCAGGAGGAACAAAUUGAAAGGACUGGACAUUGACAACAGUCAUCCUAAUGUACCACCAGAUGGUCUCUCUUUAAAAUCUGUCUCCAGUGUAAAUGUUGCUCAUCUUAGAAUGAGAAAUGAGGAACGAAUGCGAAAACUAAAUGAGCUCCAGAAUAAACCUAUUAAUACAGAUGACGAGAGUUCACUGGUUGACCCCGAUGAAAUCUUGAAACACAUGGGUGAUGAUGGGUCAAACUCUGUAGCAACUGAGCCCUGGCUCCGCCCUGGUACCUCGGAAACGCUGAAACGCUUCAUGGCAGAGCAGCUGAACCAGGAGCAGCAACAGGUUCCUGGAAAACCAGGCACUUUCACUUGGCAGGGCCUGUCUACUGCACAUGGUUAAAAUAAAUCUCCACUGGACCCAGCAGUGCCUUUUCUAGUGAAAGGAAUGUUAAAUCUGUAUCUUUACUAACAGGUCCUACUUUGGGCCCCUACUAGAAAGUUAGUUACUUAUGUUCCAUCUGUACAUGUAAGUAUUUUUCCAUGAUGAUGUAUAUAUGGCCAUGACUGGUUUAUAUAGAACUGUACAGAAUUGUUUUUGCACAAUUUUGCUGUACAUUAAGGGUGAAUAAUAACUCUUGUAUUCAAACUACCAUAUGUGCAUUAUCUUAAAUUCUACUGUCAAGAUGAAUGAAGUGUCUUUAACAGUACUGUAAAACCAGAAUAUUCUUUGCACAUUUGCCAUUGUUAUCUCUGUUCAAAAGAAUUUAGUAAAUCUCCCGUAGCUGUGACUAUUCAGUUGCUGUGUGAUGAGGGACUCAAAUGAGCUAGUUAUUUUCAUGUAAUUUUGUAGCUAUUGAUUCAGUAGAAAUUAAGGGACCUGUUAAUUAUUUCAUUCCUGUGAGCCAUGCACUAAAUGUUACAUCUUUUUGCCUCCAUUUUAUUUUUAUGGCAAUGAAAGGGCACAGCCUCAGU